AUGAACAUGUCUGAGACUGAGACAGAGAAGAAUCCUGGUAUUAAGCUGUUUGGAUGGAAGAUUCCGUUGCCGGAAUGUCGAAUUCCGGUUAACUCUCCACCAAUGGAUACUUGCAGCAGUACAAAGAAAACAUUAGAGGAAAAAGUUUCUGCGGAAAAAACCGAGCAACGAGAUGAUUCUUCCAAUUCAAUGGAUAGUAAACAAGAGUCCCGAAGUAAUACGCAGGAAAAAGAGCCGAUAGUAAACUCGGAGCAAGCCGAAGAUAACAUGGAGUCGGGUGAUACUGAUCAAGAUAAAAUCUUGAAGAAACCAGACAAGAUUGUUCAGUGUCCGCGGUGCAGAAGUUGGGACACCAAGUUUUGUUAUUUCAACAACUAUAAUGUAAACCAACCUCGGCAUUUCUGUAAGAAUUGCCAGAGGUAUUGGACUGCGGGCGGAACGAUGAGAAAUGUUCCUAUAGGUGCUGGGAGGCGGAAGAAUAAGCAUCUCGCCUCUCAGUACAGGCAAGUUAUAGUAAACUCAGAUGGAAUUCCGAUAUCCAGGCAAGAAACUACGAGCUUAUCCGGUCAUCAGCGUGCGAUGACGGAUAAUGAGACUGUGUUGAAAUUUGGUCCGGAUACUCCUCUCUGCGAAUCAAUGCAUUCGAUGCUUAAUGUUCGAGACCAUAAUAGAAGGACUGAUGCAAAUUCUAUUAGUAAUGUGCUGCAUAGAGAGGAACCAACCUUAUGCGGAUCUUCCGUUGCAAACACGGAUACUCAUGGGAACAAGCUAUCAGAACACAAUGCGCCAAAUUGGUUGCAUUGCUAUCCUGUUCCUCCAUGGGUAUUGCCGAUGAAUCCUGGUUGGACUAAUGCCACUUCCAUGGCAGCAGUUCAUCCGACUUCGGUAUCCAUGUGCAACCCUUAUAGCGCUGCGCCAACUUCAAUGCAAUGGUGUCCCGCGCCUAUGUUUGCGAUUCCUGGAAUUAGGCCACAAGACAUACCUUUGCAACUUGUAUCAGCCUCACACUGGAAUGGUCCAUCACUCUGCCUCUCGCCGCCUUCCUCCACAAGUAACAGCUGCUCGGGUAAUGGCUCGCCAACACUAGGCAAACACACUAGAGAUACAGUUUCCGCAGAUGAAGACAAAUCAGACAAGUGUAUUCCGGUUAGAAAAACGACCAAAAUUGAAGUCGCAAAUGAGGUUCCGAAAAGUCCUAAUGGAGAAGGCAAAAACAUUGUGUUGGGUGCAUCUCAGAUUUUGGAAGCCUAA